AUGAUUGACAAGAAGCAUGUUCGAUACAUGAAAUCCAACCGUAAGCUUGGGGACAUUCAUUACAAAUUCAUGCAGGAUUGUGCAAAGGCGAAUAUUGGGCCUACAACGACUUUCAACUUGUUAAAGGAGUUCAUGGGUGGAUACGAUUCUGUUGGCUGCACCGUGACUGACAUACGUAAUGGUACACGUGACACAUUGCAGCAAAUGAAUGACGUUGAUGUCCAGUUGAUUUCAAAUCAAAUGGAGAAAAAGAAGGCUAGCUGCGACGGGUUUCAUUACAAAUUUCAACAAGCUAGUGAUGGCAAGUUACUUAGUCUUUUCUGGUGCGAUGUUGUGUCCAGGAAGAACUACAAGAUGUUUGGUGACGUUGUACUCAUGGUGUUUGGUCCAUUCACGGGGAAAGACAACCACGGAUGUCCAGUAGCAUUUGGGGCCGGAUUUGUGUCAAAUGAAGGUGCAGACUCUUUCUCUUGGUUGUUGAGGGAAUUCUUAGAAUGUAUGGGUGCCGCUCCUAAGUUGAUGAUAACUGACCAGGAUUGGGGGAUGAAGCUUGCUAUAGAACGUGUGCUAAGUGGUACAAGACACCGUUGGUGCAUGUGGCACAUAAUGCUAAAACUGUCUGACAAGGUACCCAAAAGAAUACAUGCUAAUGAUGAUUUGAAGAAUGAUUUGGAUUCUUGUGUGUGGUCGGAAUUAUUAGAACCGGAGCAAUUUAAAGAAACAUGGCUGGCCAUUAUGGAUCAAUAUGGCUUACAAGAUGAAUCUUGGUUCAAAACUAUGUUUGAGCAAAGAGAAUAUUGGAUACCAGCUUAUUUUAGAGACUUCCCAAUGGGGUCAUUGUUGAAGACAACGUCAUUCUCUGAGUCUGAGAAUAGCUUCUUCAAAAGGUACACCAAGCCGUACUACAAUCUUGCUGACUUUAUAAUGCAGUACAACAAUGGAUUGGAUUCACAACGGAACCUAACAGAAAAACUUGAUUUUGUUGAUUCCUCCAAAGUUCCAAUUAUGUCAACGGAGUUAUUAUUUGAGAAACACGCCGCAUCUAUGUACACUGAUCGUAUUUUUCAGCAAGUACAAGAUGAGAUCGUUGAGGGACAUCGAAGGUGUCGUAUGAAACAAUGUGAUGUGGCAGAUAAUUACGAGAUAUACACAUUGAUUGAUAGCCACCGCAACAAAUGUGUUGUCCGUCAUGAGGUUGGAACUGAAUCAUAUGAGUGCAAUUGCAAGUUGUUUCUGCGGUGUGGAAUAUUGUGUAGCCACAUUUUUUGGGUUUUCAAAAACCACGACCUAAAAUUAAUACCAGACAGAUACUUUCGUACAAGGUGGCUGAAGACCUCGUUGUUAAAGGAAGUCCAUAGUGAUCUUAAUGAGGAGUCAGUGCUUACUGCAGCGUCUCAAGUUGAUAACAGAAGAGUUGUUGCAACAAAACUGCACUCGUUGUAUUUUCGUUUAUUUCACCGCGCACAAAACAACGACGAUGACAUUACUGCAUGGUUUGACGGUAUGGAGGCCCUAGGGGAAAAACUAUUCAAUGGUACUUUCUCAUCGAUGGAUAAAGAACAGAGAUUUGAGAAUCUGUACGGAUCUUCUCGACCUAAUGUUGUAACUGUGCACCCUCCUGCUGUGGUGAAGACAAAGGGUUCAGGAAGUGGCGGCAGAAUUGUGUCACAUAAAGAGAAGGCUUUGAGGGAACAACAAAGGCCUUAUCGAUAA